AUGAAAGAGCUUUAUACAGAAACUUCCCAAUAUCGUAAUUGGCGUUUCUCAAAGGCAAAGUUACGAGAAACUCGUGAUAAAAACCAUAUUUUAGCUGUAGAAAGAGUAAAAAAAAAGGUUUUAGAAGAAUCAACUUUACAAAAGCAAAUUUUAGACAAAUCGUCUCCUGCAUAUAGUGAACAAACAGAAAGCGUAGAUUCACCACGUCUAAUUCCAUCCGAGAUCGAGUACUUAACUCUGGAAGACGAACUAGCAUUAUGCAAUUUUUACGAAACCCGAAUACCUCUAAUGGCGAGUCGUUUCCCAAAAGAAGUUAUCGAGAAUAAAUUCACAGAUAAAGUAAAAGCAACUGCGAUAACUUUUGUCAAAAGAUUCUAUUUGAGAAAUACUGUAAUGGAUUAUCACCCUAAAGAAAUUAUUGUUACUUGUUUGUUCCUUGCUGCCAAAGUUGAACACUCCUUCGUUGCCAUCGAAGAAUUUACAAAAGUAGUCAAGCUUUCUAAGGAAACAAUAUUUGAACUUGAAUUAGUAGUUUCUCGAAGUUUGAGAUAUGAAUAUUCGUCUGAUCCAAAAGAAAAAGUCAAUGAACUUUAUAAGAUGCUCGAUGAAAUUGAAAAUAUAAUUAACAGUCAUGUAGAAAUAACUAUUGAUCAAGCAAAGGAGAUUGAUGCUCGUUUGCACAAAUGUAAAAACCCGGAGAAAAAUCCGAAUAGCGCGAUUUCCAAAAAGAGACGACGUGAAAAAGAAGAACUAGAAGAGAUUGAUAGGCGAAAAAAAAAGAAGCUUGACGACGAAUAUCAGAAAGAUAUUUCAAAAAUAUUUGAUUAA